GUAGACUUGUACGCAUUGGAUAUAGUGCCGCCGCACCUGAUAGCUGUUUGGCUUAGUGUAGUGAGAAGAUUCUGUCUCUAGAAGAGCUAAUCGAUUUGCAGUGGUGGAUCCAUUUAUCGAUUUGCGGACGACCGGUUCCCGUGGGUGCGUAUAGAUUAGUUUGCUAACAUACUUUGCUCCGGAGUGCUGAUUCUGUUUUGAUUGCACAGUUAGAUUAUUCCCGGCGUGGAUCUUGCGUACGUUCCGUACUCGGUUGGGGCGCGGGUUGUUUAUAUGCGCUCGUAUCGCAACAAUUAGCAACAGGCAGCAGUUUGCGGGUUGUUGGCCAGAGAGUUUCACAAUUGAGCAACAAGCAUGAAUUCAAUCGAACAGAAUCUGCCUGUGUCAAGCAUGGAAGAACCAACGAAAGAACUGCUUUCCUCAACGCUAAAUUCCGUAACGGGGAGAAGUACGGUUUUCGAUCGCAAAACAACAUUGCAACUGAUUGCAUGUGUCCGAAAAAGACCCAUACUUUGGGACAGACAAUUUUUACGGAAACGAUUGUCGUCCUGCCAACUUGAGUGGGAAUACAUCCAGCAGAAAGAAUUUCCCUCCUACACUGUGGAUCAGUUGAAGGCGCGCUGGAAAACGAUGCGUGAUUCUUUCCGCCGUGAAAUCAAACGCAUCGAGUUCGGAGAAUUUGCCCAAAGUCGUUGGCCACUAUAUGAGGAUAUGUUAUUCCUUAACGGACACUACCGGCUUAAGAAAAGUUUGCAACAUAAGAUUCCGGCACCAUUGGCCAAACGCAAAGCAACAGCUAGAAGAUCGGAAGAUUCCGUCGCAGUUGAACCCAAGAAGGAAGUAGCAAUCGAUCAUUCUACGAGCUGUACAAUCGGAAAGGCACAUAAUAACGAACGGGAACGCGAACAUCAACAGCCCACCUCAAGUGUUACCAUCGCCGACCCACCUUCCCCCGUGGUCCGGGUCUCGCUUUAUGUUUCAUAUUCGCCCACGGACAUCUCACCUCAACAACAACCCGUCGUAGUACACCUGCGCAUACACCGUUACCAGUAACCGAAGCUUUCCACUUCACACACCCUGACACGGUGCGCGGCGUCGUAUUUUUGCCAGCCCAAGCCGUCUCUGUUUUUUUCCGAAGCUCAUGCCAAUGAGUCCAAUGAAAAACGGUCACUGGAAAACACGACGGUGUGGCACAAUAAAAACGGAAACCGCACGCACACGCACGCCGAGAAGCGGCCGACCGGGCCCGGGCCAGGAUGAGAACCACCGUGCCCGGACAACCCCUGGGUGGAUUUGUUUCCCUGCUCAACUGUUCCGAUCUGCCGUACCCCCAUAAAUCUCAAUUUAACGGUCUUGGCAUUCAUUAAAGCGCAGAAUAAAAACAAAACAAAAACCCACCGAACACCAGCAGAAUGGAGGAUAAAGCCCUGAAUAGACAGAUAUAUUUAUAUAUUAUCGUCGCGGCAGAGGCAGUGGUUGCGCGCGGUGGCAGGCAGAAGCAGCAAAUGAAAUAAAAACUCUCCAGCCAACCAGGCAAAAGACAAAACCAGACUUUCCACCAGCGAACAAUCGCAACGAACCAGCACGAACCGGGCUGCAUAAAGCACGACCGCAAAACGGGCAUAACACAGCUCAUAAAACAACAGACUUGAUGCGAGAUCGAUCUCGGGAAUUAGAUAAUAUGACAACAGCAAGCUUUACGAGGCAGUCGAGGGGGGGGGGGAGCAACAACGGCAGCAAAAUUAUGUAGAAAGAACGGACUCGGGAAUGGGGGAAAAGAAAAUGAAGCAAAGUGAGAAAAUGGCUGUACAAUCAGCAAUCGUAACAAACGCAAGCGAAACAAUGAUAAAACGCAGCAAAACAGUAACAACCACAAACGAGAAAGAAAAAGCACAAAAACAUAAAAGGCCUAGGCACUGAGCAAAACCGAACCAAGCCAACCAAGUCCGAGCAUGGCAGAUAGCUGCAAAAUAGUAGAUAAAUAAGUGAAAAAGCAAGAAAAAAAAACGUCACGCUCAACAAGAGGAUUAAAAUAUCAGCAAAACAAAACAGUUUCGUCCAGCGGCCAGGAACGCGUCGGAGGCCAGCGCUCGCUGUGGAGCUCGAUGAUAAAGCGUAAAUGCGGGGCAAGGAAGAGCUCCGAACGGCUGGUAGAAAUAAGGUUAAAAAUAAUCCACACCAUUAAACUUGAAAACAGAAACCAAAACAAUGUGAGAAAAGUGUGGAAAAAAAACGAAAUCGAACAGUAGUGAACGAGAGUGAGAAAGAGAGUGAGAAAAGGGGGAGAGAGAUAGACAGCAAAGAAACAAAUGUAACACAACAAAACCGACCGAAUAGGCAACGAUGAAAUGCAAAACGAACGUCAACGGAUCGAGUCCAAUUGCGAUUACGCACCGAACCGUACGCCAGUUUUUCCAGGGCGUCAGGCGUUUCGGUUUUGGUCUCCGAGCGACCGCGGAUCAGCGGACCGUUGCGUUUUCCGAUGGAAAUGCGUCACCCAGCGCUAACGCGACGACCCGUUGAAAUGAGCGGUUAGUGGUGGAUCCUCCGCAGCCUCUCGAGGGCUGGCGGAAGUACACCGGUAACGAACAAUGAGGGGUGAUGCACAGAGUCAGCGCACCAAAACUACAGCCACUGGUUGGUUAAUGGAAAUAAAUUUGAUUUUUAUUUGUUUCUUUUGAAAUGGAUGUAAAGCGUACAGAGGAGCAGAUGAAAAAAGAAACAUACCGAAACACACACAAAAAAUAUGAAGACCCAUCUAUUACUCAUUGUUUUAUGGACAAAACGAGACGUGGCAACAAAGAUGGGAUGUCAUAAAAGUAUGUGGAAAAUAAAACGAUCAGAGAAAGAUGGGAAUGAAACUAAAACAAAGUAUACAAAAUAGGUAAACAAAUCGAAAGUGACUACAAACAAGGCAAUGACUAAAACAAUAACGAAAAAAUAACAUUGCAACCAAUAUGUAACCAAAAAAUAAUGUAAAAAUGUUAACAAGCUGUUGAAAAUUAAAACUUAUAAUACGGUACAAUUUCAUACCUACUGUAAAUUGGUUUCUUACAUAUGCCACAUUUACGAAAAAGGAGAUACACAACGGAAAGCAGAUCACAAACAGUAAACAACAAUCAA